GAAGCCUGGGUCCCGAAUUCGAAUUAGCUGAUCUUGCUGGGGACGGAGCGAGAAGCGGCCCGCUCUCUGGAGGAUGGUUGCCAGCCCGGUGAAGAGGUUUGUGGGCACGGCGGUUCUCUUUGCUGUGCUCUGGAACGUGGUUUUCCUCGGUCAGUGGCUGGACAGCGUUGGGCGACCCCGGGAGCCGCCCCUGACGGUCUUGAUUUGGGACUGGCCCCAAGGGCGGCCUUUGAACCUCACCGGCGACCUCUGCGCCACAAGGUACCAGAUUGAGGGCUGCCACUUGACCGGAGACCGCCGCUUGUACGGAGACGCGGACGUGGUGGCGUUCCAUCACCGGGAGCUUCAGAAGGACAGGGCCCGUCUGCCAAGGGCAAAGGGCAAUCCCGGGCAGAAGUGGGUGUGGGUCUCCCUGGAGUCCCCCAGCCACUCCGACGCUUUAAGCGGCUGGAACGGGACAGGAUGGGACUGGGUCAUGACCUACAGGCGCGACUCUGACAUCUUCGUCCCUUAUGGCGAACUCAUCCCUCGCGCGCCGGACGACGAGGUGGACAUCCCGGAGAAGACCGGCUUGGUGGCCUGGGUCAUCAGCAACUUCCACCGCCACCAGGAGAGAGCGCAGCUGGCCCUGAAUCUCUCCCAGCACCUCCAGAUCGACGUGUACGGUAAGGCGAGCAAGAAACCGCUCUGCCCGGGCUGCCUGUUGCCGACCAUCGCCCGGUACAAGUUCUACCUCGCCUUCGAGAACUCCAUCCACCGGGACUACAUCACCGAGAAGCUUUGGCGCAACAGCCUCCUCGCGGGGGCCGUGCCCGUCGUCCUGGGGCCGCCCCGGGCCAACUACGAGGAAUUCAUCCCGGCCGAGACCUUCAUCCACGUCCGAGAUUUUGGAUCCGUGGAGGACCUGGCCGGCUUCCUGGCCCACAUGAACGAGAGCCACUACCGGCGUUACUUCGCGUGGAAGCGGCGCUAUCGCGUUAAGCUGUACGAUGACUGGCGGGAGCGUUUCUGCACCAUCUGCCGGCGGUACCCCCAUCUGCCCCAAGGAAAAGUUUAUCCUGAUUUGAAGAGCUGGUUCUGGGAUUAGGUGUCCAGGUGGGCUGGGAGACUAACCAGAAGCAAGAGAGCGGU